CACACACACACACACACACACCCUGUCGGCUCUAAAAGCUUCAGAGAGCGGAUAGCUGUGCUCCGUAGCGUCCCGCCUAGCCGCUAGCUAAAGGAAAACAAACUCAGCGGUUCACAAAGUACCGUACAAACACCACGGUGAACUCAGUAUGUCUAAUGUCGGACAUAGAAGUAGGUUUGUAACAGUUUUUACACGCAUAUUUGCUCAUAAUUAAUGCACAUUGUACUCACAGUGUCGCUAGUUGGAAGUCAGUCAGUGUACAGACCCUUGAAAAACAAUGGCAGCCGGAGGAGAGUUUGCUGAGAAUUCGGAAUGAAAUCCGGCUCACCCAUUGGACGCCAAAACUUUGAUUCUCUAUAAUGGAACCUAUCUGGCCUUGCAUUGGUCAGAAUUGUGGAACAUGCAGGGAGAACCCUGGACAGCCAUUGGUCAGAAAUUUGGAACAUGCAGGGAGAAGAACAGCAACACGGUGUUAUUCGUGUCAUUAUUAAGCUUUGUAUAAUAAAUCUAUUUGGUAUGUCAAGUGUGUUUUUCUGCUGUGCACAGCAUCUGCUCCUCCUCCUCCUCCUGCCCAGCAGCAGAGAGCUCUGGCCACUCAGGCACCACCUCCUCUGCGACUAGUCACUCCUCCCCCUCAGCCUCCCUGCGGAGCAGCACGAGUGGGUCAGCAGGGCUCUGUUUGUGGCUGACAGGGCAGGGAGGCCCGUCCUGUCCACGGAGCUCCAGCUGUGGCCACAACCCCCCGGCCCCUGGCCGAAGUACUCCCAGCGGCCCUGCCCGGAUGCUUUCUUCCAGCGGCCCUUCUUCCUCUGGGCUCCGUACAAGAGGUGGAAGUACCACCUGAAGUGUCCAAACUGCGCACACAAGCUGACGGGUGGCGGUCUGUACAAGACCGUGCGCAGAGUUCUGGACAUGGACGGCUGGUACUACAUGGGGACGGAGUACCUGGAGUGCAGUUUCUCCACAACGAAGUGUGCCAGCUGGUCUGCGGGCAUCAGGAGCCAGCUGGACCUGGACCACCAGCUGCUCUUCCCUGCUGUGCUGACCUACAGGCUCUCUUGUGACCGGAAGGUGCUGGCUCAAAUGAAGGGGCGCACGCUCGGCAACAGCGCCAGCCGGCUGCACUCCUUCCUGGUGGAGCAGCACACGGCAGAGUGGAUGAGGAGGAGCAUCCACGACCAAAACACCUGCCGGAAGUUUGAGGUUGCAGGUGUGCAGAUGCCUCCUCCUCAGCCUCCACCACAGAUGGUGCCUGUCCUCAGCAGCGGCUGGCUUCUGUCCACCUUCGUCCUGGACUCCACCAAGAAGGUGACCAAGAAGCUGGCGGGAGCCGACGCUGGUACCGCUCUGUGGAUGAGCAGCUUGGGGAACGAGCUGGGGCAGGUCCUGAUGUCUGUGCUGACGGCCGCUGAGGGCUACGGCCUGAGAGACAAGACGCGGGGCCUGCAGGAGAGGUACCAGCUGGCAGGGAAGGAGCCUCCACAGGUCCUGCAUGUGGACAGGGACUGCUGCCGGAGGGACGGAGGCACCUGCACUGCAGCUGCCCUUCCCUGCUGUGCCACACCUAGCUGUCAGGCUGGACAUCUGGCAUUUUAUAUGCCGACUGGCAGCAGGUGUGACGUCGGAGAGCCACCCCCUCUACCCCGAAUUCAUGCGGCGUCUCUCCAGCUGCAUCUUUGAGUGGGACCCGGAGGACCUGUCCCUCUUGGAGACGGCCCCGCAGGCGGACGAGUCCAGAAGGACGGUGGGAGAUGGGUCGGCACUGCAGCCGCCGCACGCGUUGGGUGCAGGAGACCGAGCGUCUCCUUGGAGAGACGGUGGAGGCUUUCAAGGGGGCCACUGAUACCAUGAACGUCCCCACCUCUCUCCUCUGGUUCCAGCUGCAUGGUGGGAACAGGCAGCGUCCCCGCCACGUGGCCCGACACCAGCCGGUUGGUGGAGGACAUCUUCAUCCUCCUCUGCCAGCUGAUCCCCAGCAGCAGAACACAGUGGGGGUUCCUCCGGAGCCGGUGGACUCUGGUGCUCACGGCAUACGACCAGGUCAGAGCUACGGUAUACAGAUGUCCAGCGCUCGUAGCCAGGACGACCCUCCAGCUGUUUGGGGUGAACAAGCAGACCCUCUCUCAGUGGCACAAGAGGUGGACCAUGGCCCAGGAGAAGAUCCUCCUCACCUCUGGGAUCGUCUCAGAACAAGUGCUCCUUCUGUGGGCUCAGAAAGAUAAAGGAGACGGGGCACAGACUGCUGGUGAAGCCAAGCGGGGAAAGAGUGAGCUAAUGCCCUGUUUUGGCGAAAGGGAGGAGGCCCGAGGAGUGGCUGGACUCCCUCCAAUAACACUGAACACAAUAAGCUGUAUGCUGUAU